AUGAGCGACCAUAAGAGACAGCGAAGCAACGAGUCGGGUCUCUUCCGACCACGCUCAACCCGCCGCGCAAAAUCGCUAGACUCUUCUAGCUUGCACUGGUCACGGCACGAUGCAACUACUUCACAAGCCCAUCGGAGACAGCUGCGGCGUCUCGCGCAAUCUCCAGACAACCCCCUCCUCUAUCUAACUACCAUGACACCGUUUCCUCUUCUGGAUACGAGAUCAUCGUAUCGCGUAUGCUCUCUCGGCAUGCCACGACUGCCAGUACACACAACUCGGCAUCAAGGCUUCCGCGAGUGGCUAGCCGGCGGCCUUAUGCUUGAAGUUCACCAGAUACUGCGGAAAGCCUCGGUUCGCUACUACGAUGUCGAAGUAGUCAUCCGAAAACCGUUCAAGACACCCGGUCCGGACAGCGAGUACCAUAAGACUGUAAUUGCUUUAGCGGAUAUCUCGGUGGCAGAUGACCACGCCAACUGGGCCAUCGCAGCACGAACGAUUCUGGAGCGGUUGAUAGCCCUGGGACGCGACGACAUAAACGUCGAGACCACGGACGUUGAAGCCGCAUGGUCGUUCAAUAAUUCCGUCGUCUUCGACGACGAAACAGCAUAA